UGCAUGUUCGCGUUCGCUCUCGGCCGGCGAUGACGUCGCAAGGUAGGUCAGCGUGAUGAGCAUAUGUGAACAUCAACUCGCAUCUCUAGAUCUGUACUUUGCAGACUAGAUGUCCUGACAUACAGUCCCAAGCCUGAUAUAAUUCAUUCCUCACCAUGUCAUCACUCGGCUUGGCUUGUUGCGCUCAGAGAACGGCCAGACUCGCUCGUUCAAGAGUCGGCAAGAUUGUCGCGAAGCAAGAGGCAUGUCGACGUCCUGCUUCCUGGACAUCUGGCCAUCGGUUGCUGUCUAGUUCGAGCAGCUGGAGGCAACAGGACAAAGCUGCUUCAUCUUCACUAGCCACCCUCAUCGCAUCCAACCCCAACGGGAGCCCUCCCACCGCUCCUGCCACUCAGUCCACCUCUUCAGCUCCGGUAGCCACCAGUCCCUCGUCUUCAACCCAGAUUCAGACGUUUCCUCGGGCAUCCCAUGACGAACAAGCUCGCAAGAUCGUCAUCGAGUGGAACGAUGGAGAAGUCUCCCGGUUCCACAAUACCUGGUUGUUCGAUCAUUGUCGGUGCGAUAGUUGUUUCCAUCCGAUCACCAAACAACGUCGGAAAGGUCUUCUCGAGGUGCCGGAAGAUAUCCAACCCACCUCGGUCGAACCUUCCCCAGCUGGCCUCUCCAUCACAUGGUCCACCCCCAACCCUGAACCUCAUAUAUCGUUCUUCCCCUGGUCCGUCCUUCACAAGACCUCUUACCACCCCAUCCUCACUUCGUUGGAAGGGUUCACUUCCCUUAAACGGAGCAACAACUCGGCUACAUACGAUGAAACCGACUCACACUCUCACGCUCAUACUCAUGGUUAUAACCAUGUUCAUGUGGAGAUGACGGGGACGAUCAAGGAUUCUGAGCGGAUAUUGUGGAAUGCGUCGAUCGCCAAGUCGCCGCCUACGGUGACUUAUGCGAGUUUGAUGGGGGAUGAGAAGAGUUCGACGCAGGAUAAGGAUAAGGAUAAGGAGGAAGAGGGGAGGGAGAGAGGGAUGAAGAGGUUGUUAGAGAAGGUCCACGAUUUUGGGUUCUGUUUCAUUACCUCUGUCCCUGCCACACCUGAAGAGACGGAAAAGGUCAUCAGGAAGAUCGGACCCAUCAGAGAGACGCAUUACGGUGGAUUCUGGGACUUCACGGCUGACCUCAAGAUGGGCGAUAUGGCUUACACAAACGAGGGUUUGCCUGCGCACACGGAUAAUACUUAUUUCACCGACCCGUCGGGACUACAGAUCUUCCACAUGUUGUCACAUCCUCCACCUGGGCAUGGAGGAGCAUCUCUCCUGGUCGAUUCGUUCUACACUGCCUCUAUCCUCGCUCAACUCCAUCCUUCCGCCUAUACCACACUCAGUAGUACACCCGUACCGACACACGCUUCGGGAAGCAAGGGACACCUUCUUAAACCCCAUGCGGUUCCUGUCUUCCAGCACGACAAGAUCUCAGGCGAGCUCGUACAAGUCCGGUGGAACAACGAAGAUCGAGGAAUUCUAGGUGGUCAGAACACGGGAUUCCAAACCGAACAGAUCGAAGCUUGGUACGACGCCGCACGCAAGUGGGAAGAAGCCGUCCGUUCGUCCGAUAGCGAGUAUUGGGUGCAGUUGAAACCGGGGAUGAUGGUCGUCAUCGACAAUUGGAGGGUUAUGCACGGUCGAAGUGGGUUCAGCGGGGAGAGGAGGAUGUGUGGAGCAUAUGUUGGGAGGGACGAGUGGAGGAGCCGGUUGGAGGUCUUGAGGCGGAGGUUCGAGAGCGACAAAGGGAGCAAGCAGGGUGAUGUUCCGGGCCAGGCGGAAGAGGUGGAGAAAUGGCAAGAUGGGUGGUGAAUUAUGGAUAAUCGCGAUUACGACCUUGAAUCACGGUCUGUACUUUCCCGAGUUUGUAUCAGGCACAUUACGAUUAUGCAUCACGUUGACUACCCCCUUUAGCCCGAUGGUUCGGUCUUACCCCGCGGUCCCCUUAACA